GCGGGGCGGGCGCGGAGCAUCCUCCGCGCUCCGGGGAUACAGGCGCGGAGCAUCCACGGCCUGCGGCUCUUCCUCCCAUCCUCAUCCUCAUCCUCAUCAUCCUCACCAUCCUCAUCCCCAUCAUCGCCCGGCUGAGCCGCCCUCCCGGGGCUUUUCCUCUCCAGGCUCCUCGGAAAUUGAGGAAUGCGAUUCUGCCACCAUGAUGGAAGGAUUGAAAAAACGAACCAGGAAAGCCUUUGGGAUACGCAGGAAAGAGAAGGACACUGACUCCACAGGGUCGCCAGACAGGGAUGGCAUCCAGCCCAGCCCUCAUCCCAAUGAUCCAAGUUCCAAUAGCAAAGCCGAGGGCACACAGGAAGGAGGAAAUAAAAACGGGAAGAAAACCAACGGAGCCCCAAAUGGAUUUUAUGCAGAGAUCGACUGGGACAGAUACAACUCACCUGAGCUGGAUGAGGAGGGAUACAGCAUCAGACCUGAGGAACCAGGAUCCACCAAAGGGAAGCACUUCUACUCCUCCAGCGAGUCGGAGGAGGAGGAGGAGGCGCACAAGAAAUUCAACAUCAAGAUCAAGCCGCUGCAGGCCAAGGACGCGCUGCGCAGCGCGGCCACCGCGGACGAGCUCCGGGCAUCCGUGGGCAACAUCGCGCUGUCCCCGUCCCCCGUGAGGAAAAGCCCGCGGCGCAGCCCGGGGACGAUUAAAAGGAAUUUAUCCAGUGAGGAGAUCUCCCGGCCCCGGCGCUCCACGCCCACCCCAGACCCCGCCAGGAGGGCGGGGCAGGACCCCGCAGCGCUGGCCCCGCUCUUCGGGCCCCCCCUGGAGUCCGCACUGGGGGAGCAGAAACUGGAGGCUGCUCUGGACCAGCCUGAGAUAUGGGGGUCAGUCCAGCCCAUCAACACAAACCUCGAGUCCCCAAAACUUCCAAGACCUUUUCCAACUGGAACCCCCCCGCCGCUGCCCCCGAAGAACGUCCCGGCCACGCCGCCGCGCACCGGCUCGCCCCUGCCGCUGGCCACCGGAGGGGACCAGGCAGCAGCAGAGCCCAAACGGGACAAACUCCCGUCCAUCAAUGACUUGGACAGCAUUUUUGGCCCCGUGCCGUCCCCUAAAUCUGCUGCUGCCACGGCGGAAGACAAGUGGGUCAAUUUUUCCGAUCAAUCCCCGGAAAACGCUGCUCCGGAGUUGUCGCCCCGGGACAAGGCGCCGUCGCCGCCGGUGGCCGCGGGUAGCCCGGCCGAGCAUCCCCGCCCGCUGCCCUCGCCGCUGCAGCUGCAAGACGCUCCCAAGAAGCUCCCCGAGCAUCCUCAGCUUAAGGAGGAUCCCGCCGAACCCGCCGCAUCCUCCCCCAAAGAUUUCGGGGCGGCCCAAAGAGCCACCCCGCCGCCCCCUCCGCCGCCCACCUACCGCGCCGUGGUGUCGUCCCCCGGACCGGGCGGAGGCACGGGAAGCGCCAGCGGUUCCUCGUCCCCCGCCCGCCCCGGGACGCCGCUGGCCGCCUGUGCCACCCCGCCCCCGCCGCCGCCCCGACCCCCGUCCCGGCCCAAGCUGCCCCCGGGCAAACCCCCCGUGGGGGAUGUGUCCAGGCCUUUCAGCCCUCCCGUGCACUCCUCCAGCCCUCCUCCGAUCGCGCCCCUGGCCCGCGCCGAGAGCACCUCCUCCAUUUCUUCCACCAAUUCCCUGAGCGCAGCCACCACUCCCACCGUCGAGAAUGAACAGCCUUCCCUCGUUUGGUUUGACAGAGGAAAGUUUUAUUUGACUUUCGAAGGCUCGUCUCGAGGGCCCAGCCCCCUGACCAUGGGGGCUCAGGACACUCUGCCCGUGGCCGCCGCCUUCACCGAAACCGUCAACGCCUACUUCAAAGGGGCUGACCCCAGCAAGUGCAUCGUGAAGAUCACGGGGGAGAUGGUGCUGUCCUUCCCGGCGGGCAUCACCCGCCACUUCGCCAGCAACCCCGCGCCGGCCGCGCUCACCUUCCGCGUGCUCAACUUCCACCGCCUGGAGCACGUCCUGCCCAACCCCCAGCUGCUCUGCUGUGACAACGUGCAGAGCGACUCCAACUCCAAGGAGUUCUGGGUCAACAUGCCAAAUCUGAUGACUCACCUAAAGAAGGUAUCGGAACAGAAACCUCAAGCCACCUAUUACAAUGUGGAUAUGCUCAAAUACCAGGUGUCUGCCCAGGGUAUUCAGUCUACUCCAUUAAACCUUGCAGUGAGCUGGCGCUGUGACCCUGCAAGCACUGACCUGCGCAUCGACUACAAAUACAACCCCGAGGCCAUGACCGCGCCCGUGGCUCUCAACAACGUCCAGUUCCUCGUCCCUGUCGACGGAGGAGUCACCAAACUCCAAGCUGUGCUUCCUCCUGCUGUCUGGAAUGCUGAACAGCAAAGGAUAUUGUGGAAGAUCCCUGACAUCUCCCAGAAGUCAGAAAAUGGAGGCGUGGGCUCGCUGCUGGCGCGGUUCCAGCUGGCAGAGGGGCCGAGCUCCCCAGCCCCGCUGGCCGUGCAGUUCACCAGCGAGGGCAGCACCCUGUCCAGCUGUGACAUCGAGCUGGUGGGCGCCGGCUACCGCUUCUCGCUCGUCAAGAAGAGGUUUGCAGCAGGUAAAUAUUUGGCAGAUAACUGAUGGAAGCUCCUGCAAGUCUAUGGAAAAUACCCAAGGACUGCUGUGUGUGGAACGGGUUUUAAUUACAGUUUAAGGAAAAUGAACUAAAUCCUGCACUUGGGACAUUUCUGUUGGAAGUGUUGACAACUUUCAGCAUUUUUUUUUUUUUCCUUGGAAAACACCGUCUUGACCAGUCCUCCAGUAUUUACUUCUAGAUGUAACAUUGUUAAUGGUUUUAAAAUGUAAUUAUUGUAUUUGUAAAUUGUACUCAUUCCAGUAAGGCUGUAUUUUGGCAGUUAGACUCUUGAGUUUUAGCAUUCUACCAUUCAUGAAAUGGAUGUAAUUUCAACUGUGGUAUAUAAAUCUAAUAGUAGUACUGUUGAAUGGCACAAUGCUUACAGAGGUAGAUUGCAUUUUGUCAAUAUAUACAAUUUAAAUACGA